AUGUCUCGCAAAUACAUCGGAUUUAUUUGCUACUCAAUGAUUUUUGUUCAUUCUGCUUCGAGUCAACUGCGUGUACCCGGUUUUGGUUCGAUACGUGGUGAUUGGUCAGAUGGUAUCGGAUACGGGGGCUGGAAUAGCAGAGCUGGGUGUGCUGGUCGAUCUCCAGAUAUCGCUGCAGCGGGUGCUCUGGGAGCCUCUAAUGGGGGCAGCCUGGCUGUUAUCAGCUCAUCAUCUACAGCACCCACUGGGCUUUCCGUGACAUCCGAGAAUUACUACGAGGGUAAUGUGGCCAUCAAUGGAAAUCUACCGUUUCUGGGCACCGCUGAUGUAGAAGGCACUUUCUGUAGCUCUGGUUUUGGUGGCAUCAACUACAGUUGCGGUGAUGGUGCUGUUGGCAUUACUGACGAGAGCCCCGUUGGGCCCAUAACCACGACUGCAACUGCGCCUAUCGCUACCACCAAACCGGGCUUUGGUUACCGUGGUUUCUCAGGCUAUGCCGGUGCUGGAUGCGGAUGCGGAGGAGCGCUGUACUAA